AUGUGGGUCUCCAGUACCAGACCUAUACAGCAGAUGCUAAUUUCUAAUGUUGACGAGUGCGCAGACGCUACGGAUGACUGUCACAUCGAUGCGAUUUGCCAAAACACACCAAAAUCCUACAAAUGCAUCUGCAAGCCGGGCUAUAAAGGCGAAGGGAAACAAUGUGAAGAUAUUGACGAGUGUGAGAAUGACUUCUACAAUGGGGGUUGUGUCCACGAGUGUAUCAACAUUCCAGGCAACUACAGGUGUACAUGCUAUGAUGGGUUCAUGUUAGCCCAUGAUGGCCACAACUGUCUUGAUGUUGAUGAGUGUCAGGAUAACAAUGGAGGGUGCCAGCAGAUUUGUGUAAAUACUAUGGGCAGCUAUGAAUGUCAGUGCAAAGAGGGCUUUUUUCUGAGUGAUAACCAGCAUACCUGCAUUCAUCGCUCCGUUGAGGGUAUGAACUGUAUGAACAAAGAUCAUGGGUGUGCACACAUCUGCCGGGAGACGCCCAAAGGUGGGGUUGCCUGUGAAUGUAGGCCUGGCUUUGAACUUGCCAAAAACCAGAAGGACUGCAAAUUAACCUGUAACUAUGGGAAUGGAGGCUGCCAACACACCUGUGAUGACACAGAUACUGGUCCUGUGUGUGGUUGUCAUCAGAAGUAUGCCCUACAUUCAGAUGGCCGAACCUGCAUUGAGAAGGAUGAGGCUGCAAUUGAGAGUUCUGAGUACAAUGCCACGUCAGUAGCUGAUGUGGACAAGCGGGUGAAACGGCGGCUACUUAUGGAAACAUGUGCUGUCAAUAAUGGAGGCUGUGAUCGGACUUGCAAGGAUACCGCGACAGGGGUACGAUGCAGUUGCCCAGUUGGAUUUACCCUGCAGCCUGAUGGGAAAACGUGCAAAGAUAUUGAUGAGUGCUUGGUAAACAAUGGUGGCUGCGACCAUUUCUGCCGAAACACGGUUGGCAGCUUUGAGUGCAGCUGCCAGAAAGGCUAUAAACUGCUCACAGAUGAACGGACCUGCCAAGAUAUAGAUGAAUGUUCCUUCGAAAGGACCUGUGAUCACACCUGCAUCAACUACCCUGGAAGCUUCGAAUGUCUCUGCCAUAAAGGCUACACCUUGUAUGGACUGACGCACUGUGGAGAUAUUGAUGAAUGCAGCAUCAGCAAUGGUAGCUGUGACUAUGGGUGUCUUAAUACAAUGGGGAGCUAUGAGUGUGUCUGUCCACCUGGAAAGAAACUGCACUGGAAUAAAAAGGACUGCGUUGAGAUGGUGAAAUGUCUCCCGAAUGCCAAACCAGCUCCCAAGGCUCAGCUAGUGUGUAGUAAGACAGGAGGCAUAGAGAGCUGCUUCCUGUCGUGCCCAUCCAAUACUCUUUUUGUUCCAGAUUCGGAGAACAGCUACACGCUGAGCUGUGGCAUUCCCGUCCAGCAAGGCAAGGCUCAGCAGAAACGCAACGCGACCCUGCCCAGCUGCGCAGAUUCAUUAGCCCCUCCAAUCAAGCAGAAAGCUCGUUUUAAAAUUAAAGAUGCAAAGUGCCAUUUACGGCCUCGCAGCAAAGAAAAAACAAAAGAUUCUGGGAAGCAAGCUGUUUUAGGAGGUCAAUUCCCUUGUACAGACAACUGCCACGUGACCUUUGUGAAUCUCAAGUGCGAUUCCUCCAAGAAAAAACGCCGAGGUCGCAAGUCACCAUCAAAAGAAGUGUCCCAUAUCACCACAGAGUUUGAAGUGGAGAUGAAGUCAGAAGAAGUCUCAGACACCUGUAACAUUGACUGUGUUCGGAAAAGGAUGGAGCAGAAGCUGCAAACUGCAAUCAAAACAUUGAGGAAAUCUAUUAAUAAACAGCAAUUUUACAUUCAGUUUUCUGGGACAGAAUACGAAGUGGCUCAGAAGCCAGCUAAAGCUACUGAAGGGCAUGAAGCUUGCAGUACAGGGCAAGUGCUGCAGGAUGGAAAAUGCGUUACCUGCAGCACGGGCACCUUUUAUAGCGGAGAACACAAUCAGUGCGUUCCUUGCUCACCAGGAACAUACCAAGACACAGAAGGUCAACUUACCUGUGAGCCUUGCCCAAGUAAUGAUGGACAGGGAGUAGCAGGCGCCCGGAACGUGUCAGAAUGUGGAGGGCAGUGUUCUCCUGGGCACUAUUCUUCAGAUGGUUUUAAACCUUGUAGAGUCUGUCCUCUGGGUACAUACCAGCCUGAACCAGGAAGGACCCUCUGCUUUCUGUGUGGCGGUGGGCUUGUGACCAAGUAUGAAGGUGCUGUUUCCUUUCAAGACUGUGAAACAAAAGUUCAUUGUUCUCCUGGACACUACUACAACUCCACAACACACAGAUGUAUCCGAUGCCCUGUGGGAACAUACCAGCCUGAGUUUGGUCAAAACUACUGCAUCACCUGCCCUGGGAACACAAGUACAGAUUUUGAUGGCUCCACUAACGUUACGCACUGCAAAAACCAGCACUGUGGAGGAGAACUUGGGGAUUAUACUGGCUACAUUGAAUCGCCCAACUAUCCUGGAGACUACCCAGCUAAUGUUGAAUGCAUUUGGAAUAUAAAUCCACCCCCAAAGAGGAGAAUACUCAUCGUAGUACCUGAGAUAUUUCUCCCAAUUGAAGAUGAAUGCGGUGAUGUUUUAGUAAUGAGAAAAAGUGCUUCUCCUACUUCAAUUACUACGUAUGAAACAUGUCAGACUUACGAGAGACCUAUUGCAUUUACCUCAAGAUCGAGGAAGCUGUGGAUUCAGUUCAAGUCAAAUGAAGGAAACAGUGGCAAGGGAUUUCAGGUCCCCUAUGUAACUUACGACGAGGAUUACCAACAACUAAUAGAAGACAUUGUUCGAGAUGGACGAUUAUAUGCAUCAGAAAAUCAUCAAGAAAUCCUAAAGGACAAGAAACUGAUUAAAGCUCUCUUUGAUGUACUGGCACACCCACAAAACUAUUUCAAGUACACAGCACAAGAGUCAAAAGAGAUGUUUCCAAGAUCAUUUAUAAAGCUACUGCGAUCAAAAGUUUCCAGAUUUCUACGACCAUACAAAUAGUCUAGCGGUAUUCAAUUUUUGGUUACUUCGCAUUCCUGUCAAAUAUUGUCUUUCCUCCAUAGUAGAAACAUUUGCUAAUUUGAAGGCUCUUUUUUGCAGUCUUUUGUUUUCAAUUGUAUAUUGAAGAAUACCUAUAAUGUUUUAUAAUCGUUAAAAGCCAAUGUUCUGAAUGGGAUUUUUACUACAAAAAAAAUUGUGCGUCCCUGAGUGCAUCUAGUUGAAGAUCCAAAUUUGUGUCUGCACUAGUGUAUUUUCACUUUCCAUUUUGAAAUUACAUUACGUAGAAAAUAUUCUUUCUAGCUUUUUAUUUUUCAUCAACAAUAACUUCCGUCAAAGCAA